UUUGCCCAAUGAAGUUUCUCUCCAAAAUGACGCUGACUCCAAACAAGCCGAGGCCACACUCAUUUGCACUGCUGAGCAACAAUAAUCACUUUAUCCCACUUUUUCUGAUGAAGCCUCCUCCUUGACGUGUAGAGAAGAGAGGGAGAGGGCGAAGGAAUGGAAAAGGGGAGAAGAGUGGUGGUCUCAGCUCUGCAGUUCGCUUGCACCGAUGACGUCUCCAGUAAUGUCGCCACCGCCGAAAGACUGGUUAGAGCUGCUCAUGGAAAGGGUGCAAACAUCAUUCUAAUACAGGAACUUUUUGAGGGGUACUACUUUUGUCAGGCACAAAGGGAGGACUUCUUUCAGCGAGCUAAGCCUUAUAAGGGUCACCCAACAAUCCUGAGGAUGCGGAAACUUGCAAAAGAGUUGGGGGUGGUGAUACCAGUUAGCUUCUUUGAAGAGGCUAACAAUGCUCAUUACAAUGCAGUAGCCAUAAUUGAUGCUGAUGGUACAGAUCUUGGACUUUAUAGAAAGUCUCAUAUCCCAGAUAGUCCAGGCUACCAAGAAAAAUUCUACUUUAAUCCUGGUGACACUGGCUUUAAGGUAUUUCAGACUAAAUUUGCACAGAUUGGAAUUGCCAUCUGUUGGGAUCAGUGGUUUCCAGAGGCAGCCAGAGCUAUGGUUCUUCAGGGUGCAGAGAUAUUGUUUUAUCCUACUGCUAUUGGUUCUGAACCUCAAGAUGAAGAGCUUGAUUCUCGUGAUCAUUGGAGGCGAGUAAUGCAAGGGCAUGCAGGGGCAAAUAUGGUACCUAUAGUAGCUUCAAAUCGCAUAGGAAAGGAGGUAAUUGAGAGACAGCAUGGAAAAAGUGAGAUCACAUUCUAUGGGAAUUCUUUCAUAUCAGGGCCUACUGGAGAAAUUGUCACGGCUGCUGAUGAUAAAGAGGAAGCUGUUCUCAUUGCAGAAUUUGAUCUGGAUAAAAUCAAGUCCAAGAGACAUAGUUGGGGAAUAUUUCGUGAUCGGCGUCCGGAUUUAUACAAGGUGCUUCUGACGUUAGAUGGCAACAACCCUAGACUGUGAUAUCCACCUGUUAUUACCUUGUUGAGUCUCAGUACCAUCAUGCGCGAGCCCUGCCAGCAACAUCAAUGCUGUUUUCUGCAGUUCCUUCGCUUUUUUUUGCUUUGUUAUCAUAUUGUGUAAUUUAUGCUAUAUUUGUUCUGGUUUGUAUUCUCUUAUUACAAAAUGAACAGUGUAUAUUGGUUUAAAAAAAAAAGAAAAAGAAAAAAGAAAACUUCAUUUCUACA